CUCUCAGCCCUGCUGCCGAAGAGCAGGUCGGAACUACAGUCGCGCGUCAAAAUUUGUGACGGGGUAUUUUUACUGUGACACAAAACGUCAUUGAUUUGGAGCUGGUAAUAUCAUACCAACUAGCGGAGCUCGGUCAGUUGAAAUGGCAGGGGGCGAGACAGCAGGCGUCGACCUCAGCAGGAAGUUUGUGUCGGAAGCUGAGCUUGAUGAGAAGAGGAAGAAGAGACAGGAGGAAUGGGAGAAAGUCAGGAAACCUGAAGACCCAGAGCAGGCCCCAGAGGAGGAGUAUGACCCACGUUCUCUCUUUGAGCGAUUGCAGGAGCAGAAAGACAAGAAACAAGAGGAAUAUGAGGAGCAAUUUAAAUUCAGGAAUAUGGUAAGGGGAUUGGACGAGGACGAGACCAGCUUCCUGGACGAGGUCUCCCGGCAACAGUGCCUGGUGGAGAAGCAACGCAGAGAUGAGGAGAAGCAGGAACUACUGGAAUACAGAAGCGCUCUAGUGAAGCAAGCGUCCACCGAAAACCGCAGAGAGCCUGAAAAGAAGGUGGCACCCAAACAUUCGGGGGCGGAGCAAAGGACCAGCCACCUGUCUCAGGCCCAUUUAUUGGCUGGAGCUGUGAAGAGGCGCAGCUCCUCCCAGUCGUCAGACAGCAGUAAGAAACAGAAGGUGGAUAUCACAACAACAGCAACGACAGGAAAUGGAGACACACACACAGAACAGGAGGAUGGAGCAGGAGGAGGAGCAGGGGGAGCUGAAGAUCAACAAACAGUCCCUGGCCUGACGGCGAAGACUCCCUCGGCUCCCCUGAGCUCCGGUCAAGGCGUGUUACACCUGCCGUCGGCAGCUGUGUGCGUUGGCGUUUUACCAGGACUCUGGGUUUAUUCCGGCAGCAGCGACUCUGACAGCAGCUCGGACAGCGAAGGUAGCGUGGACGCAAUCAUGUUGCCGUACCCACGGCACAGCAGGGCCUACAGAUAGACACACACAUACUAACACACACACACACACACACACACACACACACACACACACACACACACACGACUGAUGUAAGUUUGCAUGCCUUCACAGUGGCUAGCAAACAGUCAGAAAAGCUAACCUCACACAGGACAUGCACACACAGAGACAGAUUUAAAGGUCAGAAUACGCAAACACACACACACACACACACACACACACACACACACACACACACAGACGGCACGUACAGAAGUGUACCUGCAGGCCACACAAGUUCAUAUCAUGUUAGAGUCAUUCACUGGCAGCACACACUCCUAGCAAACAUUUCAGUAUUCCUGUUGUUUUCACAGCUGUGAGUUGAACUGUUGCUCUUUGUCAUCAGACAAAGUUCAGCCAAGUGAUAUAAUCCUAAUAAAAAGUAACACUAAAACCAAUAUAAACUCUACUCUGAACUAAAUCUGUUUAUUUAUUUGUGGUUUUGCUUUUGUGGCACUCAAACAUGAUACCUCCACCCUUCCUUCCCUCAAUCACAUCUCACGCAGUUUAAGCCGAGCAACCAAUCCCGCACUGCCUACCCCGACGACAUCCUGCCCCCCCUACCACCCAACCCUACUCCCAACCCAAGCCACAGCGACUGCAAGCUGUGUUGUUGGCUGAGGGAACAGUGAUUGACAGCUGUGGAGCAAGCAAGAGACUUCUUUAGACUGUGUCAAAUGACUCACACCUUUUAGCUUUCAGCAGCAGAGGAGAGACAGAGAGAACCGGGGCAGGACACGCUUCGCUCUCUGUUUGGGUUAAAUGCAGAGUCGGAAUGGUUUGAAAAAAAAAAAUCCUGUUUUUAUUUGUGUGUUGUAAUACGUUUUCUCAUCAGUGGUUUUAAGUGGCAUUGUGCUGAAAGAUGCUGGACUGUUUGCUGCUGUCUCAGACGUUUGAGUUUUGUUUUGUUGGUCAAAGUCUGAGCAGAGAGAAAUAAAGAGCUUUCCCUUGUA